CCCAGAACAUGCUUGCAAUACAACACAAACAUUUAUGUCAGCACAAUUAUUAUUCAUCAGUUCAACUGAUUCAGUCGUAUAAAUCGUUUGCUCUUUUGUCUGUAAAUAAUUAAACUAUUAGCUGUGCAUGUGUGGGACAAUUUCCAUUCAAACGUUUCACUUAAGAGUUGAGAAACAGAACAGCAUUUGAACAGUUGUUCAGAUCAUGUCGCAAGGUAGAGUUUUAACUUGUCGUGCGGCCGUUUGUUGGGAAAAGGGUGAGGAGCUGAAAAUCGAAGAAAUUCAAGUUGCACCGCCAUCCAAGAAUGAGGUUCGAGUCAAAAUUAUCGCUACGAGUUUGUGCUACAGUGACAUUGCUGCCCUCGAUGGAAAGUUCCUCAGCAUUUAUCCUAUUGUUCUAGGUCAUGAAGGUGCCGGCGUCGUCGAAUCAGUCGGUGAAGGAGUAACUGAAGGAGAAUUCGCGCCCGGCGACACCGUCAUUCCACUGUUCUUGCCGCAAUGCAAAAAGUGUUCGGUUUGUCUGCAUAAAACGGCGAAUGUUUGUGUGGAGUUCAUGAGCGAAUUCAAUGGCCUGAUGGCAGACGGAACGUCACGAAUGAGUUGCCGAGGUCAACCUCUAUUCCAAUUUAUUGGCUGUUCAACAUUUUCCGAAUAUUGUGUCGUUAGCGUGAACAACUUAUGCAAAAUCAAUCCGCAAGCGCCGCUCGAUAAAGUUUGCAUUUAUUCGUGCGGCUUUUGUACGGGCUACGGAAGUGCUCUCAAUAAUGCUAACGUCGAAAAGGGAAGCAGCUGUGCUGUGUGGGGUCUGGGUACACUUGGUCUUUCGGCUGUGUUGGGUUGCAGAGAUGCGGGUGCGACUAGAAUUAUCGGCAUUGAUGUCAAUCCGUCAAAGUUUGCAAUUGCUAAGGAGUUUGGCGCAACUGAGGUGAUCAAUCCUCGUGAUCUAACUGUGCCAAUCGACGAACACUUGAUGAAGACAUACGGUGGCAUUAACUAUACAUUCGGGUGCAUCGGUAACAUUCAAACAAUGAAGGAAGCCUUCGGCUCCACCUCAUUAGGUUAUGGCGUGUGUGUCUUGCUGGGCGUUAGCCCGAACGGACAGGAACUGGGAAUUGAACCCAUUCAGUGUCAACUUGGCCGAACAUUAAAGGGUUCACUUUUCGGUGGUUACAAGAGCAAGGAUAGCGUACCACGACUCGUUCAAGAAUACAUGGAUGGGCUGCUGCCUACCGAUAAGCUCAUUACUCAUCACUUAAGUCUUGUUGAGGUGAACAAAGCAAUCGAAUUGUUAAAAAGCGGACAAACCAUUCGAUCGGUCAUCCAUCAUGAGUAGAAAAUGUUAAACAUUCGGAUUUUAUAAAAUAAAGCUUGCGAAUCAACCACAAGAUUGCUUUAGCAUA